GAAAAAAAACUGGGAUAUAAACGAUUGAUGAUUCCCACUCCUCACUAAAAAGGCAUUUUUGAUCAUCAUUUCCAACACGUCCGAGCUAUAUACCCCAAGGGCCCAGACCUCGGCUACUGCCAUCAUGGACUCUAAAUGGGAUGUAGAGGAAGGCUCGACAGAACCUAGCCCUAAUACCACUUCCUCAUCCGCAACCCAAAGUGUCGACAAUGUCGUCUAUCGCUCAGAUUCGGUAUCAACUACGGCAGCCUCAUCCUAUCUAUCAUCCCGAGAGAAAUUUGAGUAUCUAUCCCAAGUCCCGACUUCCCAUUCCCAUCGUGGCCCAGGCCUGGAACUCCAUCCCACCGCAUUAGAACGCAUUGCAACUCAACGAAGCCAACACAAUGCCACCGUCGGCGCCAGUCACAAAAAGAAACUAGAAGAAGCCGGUCCCCUUCCAGACUUUGGAGCUGGUAAACCCUAUCCACCCGCAUUGCCGGACAAGGAGGAAUACGUGGUCGAAUUCGCAGGUCGAGACGACCCUCUCCACCCUCAAAACUGGCCAACAAGAAAGAAGAUAUUGACGGCCGUCAUUCUGUCAUGGACAACCCUCAAUUCAACGUUCACCAGCAGUAUCUACUCUGCUGCUAACAGCACCGUCGCACACGAGUUCGGUGUCUCCAGCGAAGUCAGUACCCUGGGUCUAUCACUGUACGUGCUCGGAUUCGCAAUGGGACCUAUCGUCUGGGCCCCAUUCUCCGAACUAAAAGGCCGACGUCUCCCUCUCCUCCUAUCGAUGUUCGGCUUCACAAUUUUCCAAUUCGCCGUCGCAACGGCAGAGAACCUCCAAACCAUCAUGCUAUGUCGCUUCUUCGGUGGGUUCUUCGGGGCAUGUCCGCUUGCCGUUGUUGCCGCCGUGCUGGCGGAUAUCUAUAAUAAUCGUGUUCGCGGCCUUGCAAUCGUCGUAUUCGCCAUGACGGUAUUUACGGGACCGCUGAUUGCUUCGACCGUGGGCGGGUUCAUCGUGCAGAGCCUUGGCUGGCGUUGGACCGAAUACCUUACCGGCAUCAUGGGUGCCUCGGCCCUACUGAUCGAUCUUUUCCUCUUACACGAGACCUACCCACCCAUCAUCCUCGUGCACAAAGCCGCCGAACUCCGUCGGCGGACAUCAAACUGGGGCAUUCACGCAAAGCAAGAAGAAAUCGAGGUGGACUACGUCGAGCUCGUCCAGAAGAACCUCCUCCGACCUAUCAAGCUCCUCUUCCUAGAACCCAUCGUUCUUUUCUUGAGCAUUUACAUGGCCUUCCUCUACGGCCUCUUAUAUCUGUUCCUCACAGCCUAUCCCAUCGUCUUCCAAGAAAUCCACGGGUUCGCUCCCGGCGUCGCCGGCCUCCCAUAUUGGGGGCUGGUAGUUGGCGAGAUCUGCGGUGGCGUGUAUAUCAUCCUCACACAGCCAUCAUACAACCGCAAACUGAAUGCUAAUAAUGGUAUUCCUGUCCCGGAGUGGCGUAUGCCUCCUGCUAUUGUGGGAAGUGUCGCUUUUGCUGGGGGGUUGUUCUGGUUUGGAUGGUCGGGGUGGAAGGCGGAUAUCCACUGGGCUGUGCCGAUGGCUUCUGGAUUGAUGAUUGGGUUUGGUCUGUUUUGUAUCUUCCUGGGGGCAUUCAAUUAUAUCAUUGACGCCUAUACAUCAUUCGCUGCGUCGGCCCUUGCAGCGAAUAGUAUCCUCCGUUCUUCCGCUGGUGCUGGGUUUCCCUUGUUCGCCCCCGCUAUGUUCAAGUCAAUGGGGGUAAACUGGGCGAGUACACUGCUUGGCUGUGUGGCUCUAUUGAUGGUCCCCCUCCCGAUCAUCAUCUACGUCUACGGUCCUGGUAUCCGGGCGAAGAGCAAGUUUGCAACCGUCCACAUGGCCUUGGAUGUAGAUGAUGAGCAGGGGGCAUGA